AUGUGUUCGAAUGCAAAUAAGUUUCCUCGAUGUAGACGUGCCAGACGCAUGACACCGCAUCUCGACCGACAAUUCCAGAACAAGCCUAUCAACGGCUGUAUCAUUGUCACGGCCCAAUCGGCAGAACGUGAUGGAGCCCACGCUCAAGCUGAGUCUCCAAACACCGCGGUGGUGAACUUAUCAAAUCACAGGUUCGACGAGAAAAAAUUUUGGACAGGUCCAUAUUGGGUUCCGUCACAGAGCUAUUCGGGAGUGCCAGGAUUGCGGCUAGACACAGAUCCGAUGGAGCACUCGAGCUAUUGCGAAAUGAUACGACCAGAGAACACACUCGAAAAAAGUGAUGGACCGCAUCAUCCAGAUACAAAGAAUGCCAAGAAAAAAAACCGCAAAAUCAAGCGUAAAAAGUUGAACAAAGGGCAGAACGACUCGAAGACAUGUCGGCAAGAUUUCAGGAGUGAAGGGGUUGGUUACCGGAGGCUACGCAUGGUAUGGAUACUUCACCUGGUUGAAAGUGACCCGGAAGAAGUCCCUGGGAAUGACAAGAGAAUAACCGUGACGGUCCGAAACACCGUGGCACAGGCAGCCGACAAGUUAAACACAAUCAAAGGAACGUCCCACGCCAUACCAGUCAAAAUCAAACUGUUUCUACAUGCAGACAAUCAACGCCAAGCGUCAAGCGACCAACCGUAUGAGGUUAUUAAGAUGUCUGUCGCACCUAGGUCUAAUGGAUAA